AUGCCACGUAAGCUACGUAAGAAUAUACGUAAGAGGAAGGGAGCAUUGAAACAUCCAAUAGUAAAACUGACACCACAACAACAGUUGCAACAACAAAUGAUGAAUGACCCCACUAUGUUGCAACAAAUGUCAAGCAACCCUAUGCUUUUAAACCGAGUUAUUGGGGCACAGAGUGGAGGUUUAAGAGCGGCACUUUUAGCGAAAAUGGCAGGCUAUGGUGAAGCUGCAGACGGAACAGCUUAUAACCCUCAAAGUCAAAUGAAUUUGAGUUCACUCAAAAAUCAAAUAACAGAUGUCAAAAAGUCAAACAUAGACAUACAGAAACAAAUAAGUGAAAACGAAAAGAAACUAGAAUAUGACAGACAGACAAAGAAACUAAAUGAGUUAAACGUAGAGAAAAAUAAGAAAGAAGAACAACUGAAAGAACUAAGUACAGAGGAAUAUGCGAAAAAAGUGUCAGAAAAAGCAGCAGAAGUAGCAAAAAUGGAACAAGAUGUUAUAAAUUUGAAAAACCAUACUACUCAAUAUAAAGUACUGAAAGAUGAAGAGAUAAAACAAAAAGCCAUGAAGACAUAUAUGGAUAGCGAUGAGUAUAAAAAAGAAGUUGAAGCAAAUGUAAAGGCAGAAAAACUUUUACAGUUGCAAAACCAAACCGUACAGUAUGAAAACUUAGCACAAGAAAGUAAAAAUAACGACGCAGCCAUGCAAAAGGCAAUGAAAAGCGCAGAUAUUAUAAAAGCUAAUAAUGACUGGUUAGAUGCCCAAGCCAACGCUAAAGCAGCCCAACUUAUAGGGUCAAUAAGGACAAAAAUCCAAGCGGAUGAAGACAGUUCAAAUGAAGCUUUAAUGAAUGCUGACUUUAAGAAUGCCUUCGAAGCUCUUCAUAGUAAGGUGAAACUAGUGAACGACUUCUCAUCUGGAAAGAAACUGAAGUCUGAAGGUUUCGACAAAGAGUUAAGAGAAGUAGCACAAAAUAUGACGAAAAUAACAGAUACAGCAACGAGACAGGCAGUUCAAAGUGCCUAUGACGCCGUUAGAGCAGCUGUUGUGGAAAGUCAAGAAAAAGAGUUACAACAGACCAAAACAGACCUAGUAAAUGCUUUCUUAAAAACGAAAAGUCAGGUAGGACAUUAUGCUGCAGAUGGAACAUAUGUGCCAGCUGGUGGAACUUAUAUACCACCAAACCCUCCAAGAGAAGCACCUGCACCAGGACUACCUAAAACAUUUACAUCGUCACAUGGACACAGACACAGGCAUGCACCAAAACCAACACAACAACCAACACAACAACCAACAGUUCAAAAUCCAGCACCACAACAACAACCAACACAACAACCAACAGUUCAAAAUCCAGCACAACAACAACAACCAAAACCAACAGUUCAAAACCCUGCACAACAACAACCACAAACAGAGCAAGGACAUAAAAGAAGUAGAGAAAAAGGAAACCAAGAAUUCUUAAAAAUGCUUAAGGAAGAUUAUGGUUACCCAGAUACUCUUGACUUUAGUGACAGAUAUAAAGAAGCUAUUAGAAAGUUCAAGGAAGGAAAUACUGACCCGAACCUAUUUAGCUUUAUGGUUCAGCAUCAAAUCGGAUAUAAUCUCAAACCUGGAAAAUACAAGCUCGCAAAGGGAUAUGAUUUAAUAGCAUAUCAUCCAAAUGACAUGAAUGAAUUUACUCCGAGAUAUUUGAUGUCAGAGCUAAAUGAUAAUUCAACUCUCUUCAUGAAACGCGUAAAAAAUAGAGACGGAACGAAAGAAGAAAGGUUUAUGAGUCCGGAUGACUUAGAUAGGGAACUUGUUAAAAACGGUCUCGGAAUAUAUGAAAUGCCAGCAGAUGAAGUACAAGAAACUCAACAGGAAGAAGUUCAGAUACAACCAGACAUGGAAGAAAUAGUUCAGCAACAACAGCUAGAAGAGCCUGAAGGAAACGAACAAGUCCCUCCUUUGGAAACCAACUUCACAGAACUAGAUGAAGAUUUGGAACAGCCG